AUGUCUUCCGCCAAGGCUUUCACCUUCCUCCCAUUGGGCGCCAUCAUUCAAAAGUUUACCAUAAACGGAACGAAUAUUGUGCAAGGCUUUCCGACCGCAGAGCUGUACAAGCAGUACAAUUUCCCAUACUUUGGCGAGACAAUCGGUCGUAUCGCAAACAGAGUCUCGAAUGCGAAAAUCAAUGACUUGAAUGGAAAGUCGUAUUCGCUCCCAGUCAACAAUGGACCAAACUCCCUCCACGGCGGGAACCUUGGCUGGGGAAAGCGCGAAUUUGAAGGGCCGUCCACGGUGAACCGCAACGGCCAAGAAGCCACCUUCUUCAAGUAUGUGAGUGUGGAUGGUGAAGAAGGCUACCCCGGUACCGUGGAGGUCCGCGUUUGGUAUGUGCAAGAGAAGGAACAGGUCGAUGGUGCUCAACAAGACGUGUUGCACAUUGAAUAUGAAGCCGAACUGGUUGGCGAUGAAGUGGACGAGACUGCAAUUAACAUGACCAACCACAGCUACUUUAACCUCACCGGAGCAUCUACCAUUGCUGGCACAGAAGUCAGUCUGAUCACCAAUAAGUACCAGGUGGUGGACGGCACAGACAUACCCACAGGACCAAUUGAGGAGUACCCAGGCCUGAAGCCCCAGACACGCUUCACACUAGGCGAGAAGGAACCUGAUAUUGACGACUGUUUCGUCGUCAACACCGACCCCAGCAGUAUCCCCAUCGAUACUCGCUCAUCCCCUCUCAACAAGGUUGCGUCUUUCUAUCAUCCUGAAAGCAGAAUCCAUCUCGAGAUCUCAACUACCGAGCCAGCCUUCCAAUUCUAUACCGGCAAAUACAUCGAUGUGCCCGCUGUUGACGGUUUGCCAGCUAGGGGCCCCCGUUCGGGAUUCUGCGUUGAGCCCAGUCGCUAUGUCAAUGCGAUCAAUGUCCCGGAGUACAGGUCUAGCAUGGUGCUCAAGAAGGGCGAAAAGUAUGGAAGCAAGACGGUCUACAGGGGGUGGCAAGCAUGA